GUUACCCUUGGUCUUUGACGAGCUUCUUUCACAGACAGACUCAACGCUGCGGGCCAAGCUGGUCAACAUCUUGAACCAUGUGCUCACACGAGCAAAGGGCAAUACGGUGUGUCCAUCAUUUUUCUGGAUGUGGGAAUUCCUCGCUUGCAGCCACAGGUACUCUUUAGAGAACUUCGGGAAGCUCCUUCCUGGAUUGGACAGUGCUCGCGCUGGUGUUGAACACUUCCUCCCACUCUUCUCCAUCAGCCUGCCUCCAUUGUGGUUCCGCAGCUGCACUUCGUUGAUUGAGUCUUUGUCAGCUGCACUUCCUGAUUGCUUCCUCCUGCUUCUGAAGCUAACGGCCAAGGGCGUGUUCGGGCGGGCCAGCCCAAGGAAAACCAAUUUGUCGCGGGAGCGCGACGCCAAACCCGAAUUCACGAGGAUGGUGCUGGUGCCGUUUUUGCCCAUCAUCUGGGUUGCUGCCUUUUUCCAGUCCGCUGUUGAGUUUUUGCUCAUCCCUUGUGGGGCAACGGAGGCCUGA